UUCAUUUUAGAGGCCAAUAUUAAUGGGAAGAAUGAUAUAUAUUUUAUUUAACACGAUAAAAUAAAAUAUAAUUGAAACAGUCCAGAAAAUACAACUUUCGAGACCGAUUGUACACUUUUGGACUUAAAGGGAUGACCUCCCACAUUAGUGGGGGCCACCCCACGAAAUUAUUCAGCAAAGUAGACAAAGGGACGGCUGUAUAAUGGUAGGAAAGAGAUAAGAAGUUGGCUUGAAGUGAUGAGCAUCAAUGAGAGACAUAUGUGGACCCUUUUCCUUAAUAUUAUGGGUGGAAUGAGCCAAAAGGACAUCAAUCUCUCUCCCCUCAAUCACCCACUCGGCCAGCACCAUCAAGAGAGUGAGAAGAACCUCUCUAAAAAUACCUCCAUAGCCAUGAACCGAGCUCAAGGAGGAAGAAGGCUCAAGGAAGAAGAAAAGCUUGGAAAAAAAGAGAAAAACUUAGUAAAACCAAGGAAUUUUACCAAGGUAUUCUAGACUUCUCGAGGAAUCUAGGAGUGGCCGGAAAUUCGCUGGAGCCGCCGGAGUUUCGCCGGAAAAUUCCAAAAGUUACCGGAGUUCAAACAAAGAGGAUAAAAGCUUGCUAGCGUCAUUUCAAGGUGAGUGGACGACUACGUGUCUUGUAACUCUUGAGUCAAACGUGGGAUUACCUAAAUAAAAUCAUAAUCAUUAUUUGAGAAAUGAUUAAAUGGAUUAAAAUGCAUGAUUAGUCAUAGUGAAUAUGAAUUAUGAAAAUAUUAUAUGGUUAAUGAAUAAAAGAUUUAUUUGUGGAUUAACCAUGAAUAUGUUAUUGUCAAAUGUAUAACAAUGCAUACAUGAACUAUGUAUGAGACAACUAGAGUAAUCUAGUGUAUGAAUAUGUAAAGAAAUGUUUAAAAGUGUUUAAACAUGUGAUUAACUAUAUUGAUGAUAAGUUAUGCGAAAAUGACAUGAUUAAUGAGUAAUUGAAUCAUUAAUACUUUUGAUGAAGGAUAAUCAUGAAUGAUUAAUUUGGAAAUUAACCAAGGAAAUUCAAGAUGGUAUUCUUGAAGGAUUCAAGUUUUUAAUCAUGCAAGCCAUUAAAGUGAAUUUAGUUUAUGAGAAAUAAACUAAGGUAAAAAAUACAAGGUAUGAUUAAUUAAUAUAAAUGAUUUUGUUGGCUCAUUUGAGAAAUGACCAAAGUAACUCAAGUAAUAUUCUUGUAACUAUUUUAGAAAUGCUUAAGAGUGCAUGUUACUAAAAUGAUCUAGUUGUGAGGGAUAAACUAGAAUAAAAUGUAUAAAUGAUUAAUAAGUAUGAAAUACUUAUUAAUAGUUGUGAGACUAUAAUAUUCUAAUUGAAUGAUGAAUCACGAAUGGCUCAUCUCAUGAGGUGAUUAAAGGAAAUGCAAGGUGGUAUCCUUGUGAAGAAUUAAAGGUGCUUAAGCAUGCAAGUUAUGAAAGCAAACUAGUUUAUGAGAUAAAAGUAUUAUACAUGAAAAUGAUUGGAAAUAUUUAUAUAAAAUAUAAGAUAUGUUCGAAUGGCCAAAAUAGCAUUUAUUGAUUGUAUUGGACAUAAUACAUAUUGUGUAAAAAUUUCGGGCCAAACGGAGCACGUUUCGGGGGUCAACUCAGAGGUCAACGGGCCGUUGACCCAAAACUUCGAACAUACUGGGCGCCGGGUAUAGGGCAUACCCGGGGCCGGGUAAGCUGCUGCCUCCAAUUUUCGUUUUCGCCGAAAACGCGAAUCGGAGCCUGGUUCGACGUGGGAUUAAUUCUAGCCAUCCUAUAUAUGAAUAUUUUGCAUGGAAUUGCAUGAACUAUGAUGUUUAAAAUGCUAAGGCUUGUAAUACGGAUUAAACGCUAAGACUUGGACUAGUCGUUAGUGAAUAAAUUAUAGACCACGACUGGGCGAGGUACGUGGUAGAUUAUACAUGGCGGGUGAAUACCCGGGACCAAGUAAGGUUAUAUAAUACUCUGUAGGACCAGGAGGAGUCCUCUACACGCAAACUUUAACAAGGGUAAAUGCAGUCCUUGAGGUGUGUUUAACCUCCAUCAAAUUGCAUAUAGGUAACAAGGGCAAAUGCAGUCCUUGAGGUGUGUUUAACCUCCAUCAAAUUGCAUAUAGGUAACAAGGGCAAAUGCAGUCCUUGAGGUGUGUUUAACCUCCAUCAAAGUGCAUAUAGGUAACAAGGGCAAAUGCAGUCCUUGAGGUGUGUUUAACCUCCAUCAAAUUGCAUAUAGGUAACAAGGGCAAAUGCAGUCCUUGAGUUGUGUUUAACCUCCAUCAAAUUGCAUAUAGGUAACAAGGGCAAAUGCAGUCCUUGAGGUGCGUUAACCUCCAUCAAAGUGCAUAUAGGUAACAAGGGCCCGUGUAGUCUUUGAGGUGUGUUUAACCUCCAUCAAAUUACACAUAGGUAACAAGGGCCCGUGUAGUCCUUGAGGUGUGUUAACCUCCAGUAAAUUACACAUAGGAUGAGGGUGUAUGCGUACUCCUCAAGGCGGGGUUAUCCCGGAAAUGAAAACUAUGAUAGCAAGGACGAAUAGUCCUCGAGGUAGGUGAACCUCGAAGUAAUGAUUUUAAAUGAUUAAACGUGCUUGAUCGGGAACGAGUUUCCGAUAGGAUAUUUUCCUUGGUCUAGGAAUUGAUUUAAACCACAUCCGUGAUAUGGGAGUCUGAAUGGCCCCACAGUAAUUAUAUAUUGAUAUCGAGUGAGUUAGCCUGCGGGUGACUCCACUCGAGGGUAAGAUACGGGAAGGGUGAAUUUAAUGAGGCUGUCACGCCUAAAUGAUUUGAAGAACAAAUGGGCCUACGGGCCAGAUAUUUUACUCAUAUGUAUAUAUGUAUACGUUUUGUUUUGAAAAGGGGUAGCUAAGAGUUAUGCCCAUAAUUAUACUAUCACCCUAUUUUGAGGGUCUCACAUGAGAAACGUUAGUUACAUUACAUACAGUUUGCCCUCACCAGUACUUUUCUGUAGUACCGAUCCCUCGGGGGAACCACCCUUUCAGGUUGAAGCUAGAGCUUACCUCCUGCACCCGUUGCUCGAGAGAUCGAUGGAGAGAAGACGUGGUUCGUGCUUCCUCUCGUUCUAUUUUUAAAUAAUUAAAAAAAUGCUCAUGGAACUAUUUUGACUUAUAAAUUAAUGAAGCCUGCGAGCUCUUGUUUUACCCUUGUGUGGGUUCUUAUUAAACACUUAUAUUCCGCUAUGUGUUUAAUUGUAUGUUGAUGUUGUUAUGUAUGUUUACUAAUCGGUUUUGGCAUAUGUAUCUAUCGGACGUCUUGUGCAAUUCGGUAAGGAUGAACUGCGGUUAUUUUUAUUGGGUUGUACGACGGUUGUCCACGUGGCACAGACGCGGUCUGGGGCGUGACAAUACCGAUUUAGAAGCUGUUCUCUUCGCCUGAUCUGAAUGUUUCUGAUCUGAAUUUUUUAAGUUCUGAUCUGAUCUGAUUUUUAACGACAAGAUCAAGCGAGUUGUUGCUGCGGAAGCGAAUAAGGACUUUGUGGAUAUACUUUUCAGUUUUCUCACCCUUCCAAUGGGAACCAUUAUCAGGCUCACCAGCAGCUCUGCUCAGCUAGCAGAAACACCUAUAAGCAUUGGAUGCAUGAACAAGAUAUACCAAAGUUUUCAAAAUCUAGAUAGUGAGUAUUGGCAGACAGAACACUGUAAGAGCAUGCUUCUGAAUCCAAGAAAUAUCUUUGUCAGCUACUGCAAGAAGUUGAAGAUUAAUAUUGAUGAUUCAGGGUCUGAAAUCACAUAGGGCUGUUCCAGGGAGGGUUGCUCACAUUAUAGCAUGUACCAAAAUGUUAGUUGCCGUUGUGAAGAGGGGAGGACCACCAAAGAAAGGGAGUCGGUCGAAAAGAAUGUCUCAAGUCAAGAGGGGGUCUUUUUGAAGGGAGGAAUAGUGUUCAUAAUCAGUGAUGAUUUACAGGUUAGGCCUGCCACUCCAUCUGUUCUUGCUCAACUUAUGCCUGACAUCAGUUCAAGAGAAGGGAGUAAAAUCAGAGAGAUGCAUGUAAAAGUUUCCAUGGCUGAGGUUAUCUGCUUGUUUGCACGCUCACUGAUCUCUCAGUCUCCUUUAAGUGACGUUUUUCUCUCUAAACUUUCUGGAUAUGGAAUGGUGGGAAUCCAGAGGAAACCGUCAAAACUUGGGACUUCUUUUUCAUCCCCAACUGCCGCCGCAGUAGACACGGCUAAGGAGAAAGUUCCUACUCUGGAUCUUAAAGUGACGUGUAUUAAGUCGACAAACAAGAUAUUGUUUGGUGAAGCAACAGAUGAGUUCUUUGAUUUCCUUUGCAGCUUCCUGACAACUCCUGUUGGAGCAAUGAUACGGGUUUUGGAAAGGCAGUCGGGGUUGAAAUGCUUGGAUAACCUGUACACAAGUGUGCUGGAGUUGGAGCAGAAAUGGUUUCAUUCGUCCGACAAGUGUGGAUUACUCAACCCACAUAUUGCGGAACAUCAUGAGUGCAAGAAGCAGCCGCUCAGAUUUGCUUUUGGCAGAAGAUCUUAUUAUGGGCCUAAUAACCCUAAGGGCGGGUUUUCUUCUAAUUUUGCUGUGGAACCAUCUGUGUUCUUGGUUUCGGAUGAUUUUGAAGUGAAGCCACUUUCUGUUGCCUCCUGUUUCCUCUUACUAAAUGAAUUACAAAUUCCUUUUGAUCAGACUGAAGAGAAACGGGUUACUGUGGGUAUGAAAGAGGCGAUGAGCUUACUGAAGGCUGCUCUCACAUCACCAUCAUCUGCUCUUACAAAUGGCUUGGGCCCCUUCUUGCUGAAGCGCGAACCCUAGCCCCACCAUUUAUAAAUGCCUCUAUGAAAAUCUGAGGGAGAGCUUCAAGCGUUGAAAGUUCAGUUAUAUUUAUCCAGUAUCCUCAUGAUCCCAAGAAUGUUUUUUUGCUCUCGGUAUCCUUUUUGUACUUUGAACUCAACUAUGGUGUACGGAGUAUUAUUCUCUAAUUAAAACUCCUCUUUGUUUCUUAA